CCAACAGUCGGGUGUCAUCUUGUGUCUCGUGUUCUGACCCUGUGGCUGGACCAGCAAGCCACGCCCCUCAAUCCUUGGUUGACCCAGAAGCAAGGGGCCUGAGGGUCGGUCUUUCCUCGUGACGAACCGGAUCGCUCGUCCAUGCGACGUCCUAUGAAGCUUAAGCUUCUUGGGCUCGCUUUUCAAUGCGUGCGUUCACGGGGAAAUGCAGGGGACUCCUCCGGGGGAGUUCCCUGAGGGAAGGAUACUUUGCCCCCUCGGCGGGGAGACGUGGAAUAUCCAAGCUCAGCCAUGUUCGGGGGCCUUCUGAGCCCCCGUUGCUGGAAUCUACCAUUGGAGAGCAUUUUGCGAGGAUAGUCAACCUACAUGGCGAUAGGACAGCGGUCAUCUCCAAGCACCAGAAUGAGCGAGUAACCUAUGCUGCUCUCAACGCAAAAAGCAAUGCCUUCGCUCGAGGCCUUGAGUCCGUCGGCGUACGGACAGGAGACCGCGUGGGAGUCAUGCUUGGGAACUCCAUGGAAUACUCCAUUGCAACCUAUGCAUUGUUUAAGUUAGGCGCUAUCCUGGUCCCUAUCAACCCGUCCUUCAACGCAUCCCAGGUAGUCUCUGCACUGGCGCAUCUAGAGGCUUGUCACCUCAUAAUCAGUGCCGAAUCAAAUCUGCCACGAAAGAACCCCAGGAGCAAUGUCCCCCUUCUCGAACACCUUGUCAAGGAUCUGUCCAAUCCAGCAAUUGAGUCAGAAGUUGUUCCGUCGUUAAAGGCCAUCAUUCUCGUUGACAACUCGUCCGGCCGUGUCGACAGCUCAGGGUUCCGAGGCCUGACAGCAUACAAAUCCCUUACAUCCGACGCGAUCGCCGAUGGCAGUUCCCUCCUGCCCAGGAAUCUAUCUCCGAGCGACAUCGUCAACAUCCAAUUUACAUCCGGAACAACCGCAACGCCCAAAGCGGCCUGUCUAACCCACCAUUCUAUCCUUAACAACGGCUCUCAGAUCGGAGAUCGCAUGCGUCUCACCGCAAAGGAUAUCGUAUGCUGCCCACCGCCACUAUUCCACUGCUUCGGGUCCGUCCUGGGCUUCAUGGCCACCGCAACCCACGGAUCCGCCAUUGUGUUUCCGUCAGAAUCCUUCAACGCCAGAGCAUCGCUCAGAGCGGUCCAAGAAGAAAAAUGCACGGCAUUGUACGGCGUCCCAACCAUGUUUCUCGAGCAACUGAACCUUCUAGCCGAGGGAGAAAUUGCGAACGAGGGAUUCGAGUACCUGCGAACCGGCAUUGCGGCGGGAAGCAGCAUCCCCGCGACGAUGAUGAAAAGGCUGCACAAAGUGCUGAAUCUCACCGAGCUCACCAUCUGCUACGGCAUGACAGAGACAAGCCCUGUCUCGGCGAUGACCACGACAGACGACCCCAUCGACAAGCGAAUGCACACCGUGGGCAGGCUGCUUCCCCACGUUGAAGCCAAGGUCGUGAGCCUGGACGGUCACCGUCAGACUGCCCCAGUCGACGUCCGCGGCGAGCUGGCUGUCAGCGGCUAUCUCCUGAUGAAGGAGUACUGGAACGACCCCGAGCGAACCGCCGAGGUUAUGAUCGCCGACGACAACGGGAAGGUCUGGAUACAUACAGGCGACGAGGCCUCCAUCUCCGCGGACGGCUACGUCUCCAUCACCGGUCGCGUAAAAGACCUCAUCAUCCGCGGCGGCGAAAACAUCCACCCCCUAGAGAUCGAAAACUGCCUCCUGACCUACCCCGGGGUGAUUGACAACUCCGUCGUCGGGGUCCCGGAUGAGAGAUACGGCGAGGUUGUAGCCGCCUUCAUCAUCCACCGGGAUCCUGAAGGGGAUGCAGCGACCGAGGAGAAGAUCAGGGAUUGGGUUGCGCAGAAGCUGAGCAACCAUUUAGUCCCCAAACACAUAUUCUUCUGCCAGCCAACGGACGCCUUCCCCAAGACUGCCAGCGGCAAGGUUCAGAAAUUCAAGCUCAGAGACGCGGCUGUCAGGAUCCUGAAGGGGGAGGAAAGUCCCUCGGGCAUCUUGGCGAAGGUACUGCAGUAAGUAUGUAGUGGGUUGAAGGGCUAAGAUAGUAUUUUGGUAUAGUUGGUUAGAUGUGUUUGGAAUAACUCUUCUUGGAUGGUUAAUUGUACGGGAUAUUAUAUAUAUACCACUACGAUUCUGUAUACCUGCACGCGUCUGAGGAUUGCAUUCAUUCAAUACUAC